GGCCCCCUCCAAGCUGAAGAGUUGGAGCUUCAAAAAGGCCAAGCCAACGACUGCCUAGAAAACCUUUGUAUGGCUCUCGGUCACAAGGCCCUUAUUUAUCGUCAGUAUUUUCGAAGCGCAGAUUCUACAUGGGCUGGCACCAGGUCAAAGCAAGAAGCUCGUCAAUGUCAGCUCAAAAUUGACAAAUAUGUAAGAAGCUAUCAGAGGGCAAGGUCAGCAAUGCAACAUCUAGGCAUGGAAGAAGCUACCUUGGGCAGUAUUUAUCAAGAAAUAUUGCCCACCGAACUCAGUAUAGACAAAGAGGUGACAGAAGAAAAUAGAUUUGGACAAGGGUCAGACAGACUGGCUUGGUUUUGGAGGGUGAAUAAUGCCAAUGAAGGUCAAGAAGAUGCUUGGAUGGAUGAAUUCUAUAGGGUCAACUGGUUGAAGGCAAAGGCUAGAUGGAGUAGAUGGCAGGAGGAGUUGAGUCUGGUAAGACAUGAAAUGGGUUGGACCAUAAACUGGUUCAAGUAUCACCAGAAAGAAUGGAACAGAAGGUGGCAGCAAGCGACUAGACCUGGUCAUCAAGCCUAUGCUUAUCAACAGGUCUUGAUGUGGGGAAGGUUUGCUCAGGAUGCUGAGAAGGCUUUCAAUGGGUGUGGAUUUGUACCUUGA